ACGGACACAUCCAGUACAAGUGCAAGAACGCAAAGGUCACGCAGAAGAUACCCCCUAAUGGAGGGGUGCCUUCUUCCUAGGCUUCCAACUCGGGAAACACUUGAGGUCGAUGGAAGUUUUAGUUGCUUCUACUCAUGGUGAAGUGGGCCAGAUACCCUCCCCACUUCAUGAGAUGACCAUAGCUAAUGACUCUUUAGUCACCCCGCAGACUCAUCUAGACCAAACUAUGCUCUGUACGUUGGAUGUGUCUGAAGCCUUAGAAGAUUUUGAAAGUGAGUGGUCAAGCAAGGACCCUCGCGAAUCUUGGGUGGCAUUAAGCAGUGGUCCUAGAGGGGAACACUUCGUCGUGGAAGUUGUUGUAGGAGGCCGCAAAUAUGGUGCCUUCGUAAACAUCGACUCCACGCGAAACUACAUAAGUCGCGACUGUUUGGAAAGGCUGCGCCUAGAGUACCGAGUACAGCACCUUAGUAGACAUGUAGCAUCUACUUUGGCCAACAAGGAACGCAUGGUAGUGUCAGACUAUGUCAAGGAUGUAGUGUGCACCUUAUCCUAUGGAGGAGGGGAACUUAAUCACAAGAUUUCGUUCCUGGUUAGUGACGACUUACCGUUCGACAUGCUGUUAGGAAUGUACUACCUUGAGGUUGCCAAGCCCCAGUUUGACUGGGACAAGAAGGUGCUCAAGCAUGAGUUGCCUGAUGGGAGGACCGUGAGACUGGCCAAGUACAAGGCUAGUAGGUUGUUUGACUCCUACGGGUGCUUGUGUGCAUCAGUGUUUUACAACUACUAUAAACAGAACCAAGAGGAGGGUAUGUACCUAGUCUAUGUCUCCGAGAAAGGGAAGGCCGUUAAAACACCCCCAGAGAUAGAGAACGUCGUUACUAAGUUCCCUGAUCUGUUCGAGGAGCCCACAGGAGUCGUAGACAGGGAGAUUGUCCACGCCAUAGAAAUAAUUCCAGGGAGUAAAACCCCAAAGGAAAGGAUCUAUAGGAUGGCUCCGGCUGAGUUGGACGAACUCCGGCGACAACUGAAAGAGCUGACAAAAAAGGGUUGGAUACGGUCUAGCACUUCCCCCUUCGGAUCGCCAGUGCUGUUUGUACCGAAGAAGGAGGGAUCGCUGAGGAUGUGCAUUGAUUACAGAGGCCUCAAUGCCAUCACUGUGAAGAACGCUGAGCCUCUACCUCGCAUAGACGACCUAUUGGAUAGGGUGCAGGGAUGUAAGUACUACAACAAGAUAGACUUAAAGUUUGGCUACCAUCAGAUUGCUAUAAGACCUGAGGAUCACCAGAAAAAUGCAUUUCAGACCAGAUACGGUCUGUAUGAGUUUGUAGUGAUGCCCUUUCGCCUUUGCAAUGCACCGGGUACAUUCCAGCACGCCAUGAAUAGGAUCUUCCAUGACUACUUAGAUAAGUUUGUUGUCGUGUACCUUGACGAUAUUCUCAUCGUUAGUAAGUCUGUCGAGGAGCAUGCACAACACGUAGAGACUGUACUAUCACUCCUACGACAGCACAAGUAUAAGGUCAACCUAGAGAAAUGUGAGUUUGGACGCACUAGGAUCUUGUACUUGGGUCAUGAGGUAUCCGCGGAAGGAUUAGGCCGGAAGAUGCGAAGGUGGCUAGUAUAAGGGACUGGCCACGACUUCAGACAGUGACUGAGGUCAGAUCUUUCUUAGGAAUGCGUGGUUACUAUAGAAACUUCCUAAAGAAUUACUCUACAAUCGCCUCUCCUUUGACUAAUCUCACUCGACUUGACACACCGUGGGACUGGAGUGAUGAGUGCGAGGCUGAUUUCAAACGAUUGAAGCAUGCACUCACGAAUCACGAGGUUCUCAUGGUGCCCGAUCCUCAGAAGCCUUUCAUUGUGACCACUGACGCAAGCCAAUAUGGCAUUGGUGUAGUGCUGGCUCAGCAGGAUGCGAAGAAGUUGAGACCAAUUGAGUAAAUGAGCAAGAAAAUG